CUAUUCUAGAAGAAUAAGCUAAAUCAAUCACUUAUUUCAUUUCCCCAUCUCUUUCUUAUUCUUUUUCUUUACUCCUCUAUAAGCCCCAUCCUGCUUCGCUUGGUUCUGCCCCUUACCCCCAUCUUCAAGAGGUCACCAGUGAAUGGCUAUCACUCACUCUGGGAGUCACAGCGUUUCCUCCUUCUCCCUGUAGCACUCCAGUCCCACCCACUCCACCUCCUCUUCCUAGCAUCACCCAGAAUCCCAGUAGCCACUUCAUUAGCCAUCCACUGCUCAGUCAAGCAUCACCUGCAUUUCAACCAUUCUCCAUGAUCUCAAAUUCAUCUCCGCCUCCUCCUCUUGUUGCACCACCUCUUCUAUCCAACCCUGCCUCUCUUGUGACAGACCACUUGCAAUUAUUUAACAACAGAAAUCAUUAUCCAACCAACCAGACAAUACAGAUAGGUGAGAUUUCAGAUCAGAAUCAAGAGCUGUACAUCAAAGGACCAAAGACACCCGGACAUAAAACACUGUUCACGGAAAAGCAUCAAAGCUGUGACCUAGCGAAGUUCAUAACCGAUCCAAGUCGCUACGACAAACUUAUGACGAUGUUAUCACAGGAGGAAAGUUGGGAACCUUGCACACCAUUGGCUGAUGAGUCCGACCAAAUCCAUGUAAUAGCAUCACCUGACAGGUUAACGCUAAACAAGUCAAUGAGUCUAAACAGCCAAUCAGAAACGCCAUCUGAUGAUGUGGGGUUAUUCCCAGACCCUCGCAGCCCAGUGACAGACAGCUUUGGGGUGGGGCUUCUUGAGUUGUACAUUCAGGAAGAGGGCGAAGAGAGAAUCAGAUCUUCUGUUUUCAAUUCUAUAAACAGUGCUUCGACACAAGAGGCCAAUCUCUCUCCUCUUCUCAGGCCUCUUCUCUCAAAGCCUGAUCGCUCAACAUCUUCUCCUCCUCCUCAUGUGUCUUCCCCUAUUUCCUCCACAUGCAGUUCAUCCAUCCAUCUUUCUCCUCCCUCAUCUCCUGCCGCCUUGUCCUUUGCCCAAUCUCCUACAUUCUCCCCUCUACCCUUCUCCUUGUCUCCUGUCCCUUCUGAGAAGGAGCCCUGCUCAUCCUGUUUCUCCCCUCCUCCCUUUUUUUUAACCUCCCUUCCCACUUCACCUUAUCCUCCUUUUUCUUCAUCUUGUAUACCCUCUCAGCCUACAAUUUCUUGCUCCCCCCAUUUUUCUCCUCCUGCCCGCUCUCUGUCUCCUCCCAUCCCUUCCUCUCAACCUCCAUUUUACCCAUCACGGCAACCUCUCCUGCCCACUAUACCUGCCUCUCCACCAUCUUCUCCAGUCCCUCCCUCAGAGCCAACCACAUUUCCCACAACCCCCCUCUCUUUUCAAGUCCCUCCCAUAGAGUGUACCACAUCUCCCACAAAUCCUCUUGCCUCUCUAGUCUCUUCCACAAAGUGUACCACAUCUCCCACAAUCCCCCUCUCCUGUCCAGUCCCUUCCUCACAGCCAACCACAUCUCCCACAAUCCCCCUCUCCUGUCCAGUCCCUUCCUCACAGCCAACCACAUCUCCCACAAUCCCCCUCUCCUCUCCAGUCCCUCCCUCAAAACAUACCACUUCUCCCACAAUUCCCCAGUCCCCUUCAGUCCCUUGCUCAGAGACAACCACAUCUCCCACAAUCCCACUCUCCUCUCCAAUCCCUUCCUCAGAGACAACCACAUCUCCCACAAUUCCCCAGUCCCCUCCAGUCCCUUGCUCAGAGACAACCACAUCUCCCACAAUUCCCCAGUCCUCUCCAGUCCCUCCCUCAGAGCCAACCACAUCUCCCACAAUCCCCCUCUCCUCUCGAAUCCCUCCAUCAUGGCCAAUCACAUCUCCCACAAUCCCCCUCUCCUCUCCAGUCCCUCCCUCAGAGCCAACCACAUCUCCCACAAUUCCCCAGUCCCCUCCCAGCUCUCCUCCCCAUCCUCUCCUCCCCAUCUUUACUCCUUCCUCCAGCUGUGAGUCUCCUCCACCUCCUCCUGCCCUCUCUUCCACUCAGUCCUGCGGUGUCCCCUUGUCCUGCACUCCUCUAUUUUCUCCUCCUAUCUCCACUCCUCCGCUGUCCCCUCGGUCACAGCUGCAUUCUCCUCACAUCAAGACACUUUAUAAUCAUGCGGUGGUGGUUGAUGGGAAGCCGCCGCGCAGCCCUAUUUCCACCAGGAGGCGCUGUUUAUCGCCCUCUGUUUCCUCCGGUAGAGCGCGCAGGGUAGGACGGGAGCGUGGAGUGUCACUAGCAGCAGUGCAGGCUGGGAAAUGGAGUCCUCACUUAAUGCCCUUUAUCCCUGUUUGGAGUUCUCUCUGUGCAUGAAUUAGAUGAUGAUGAUGAUGAUGAUGAUUAUGAUGAUGAAACUGAUGUUGCUGUAUUGCAUCCGUUUGUGUGCUGAGCAUAAGGUUGGAUUGACUUCCUGUUCCAGAACAACCACACUGAUAUUGUAAAAAAUUUAUGAAAUCUCUCUCUCUCUCUCUCUCUCUCUCUCUC